AUGAAGAUGUUUGAAGAUUCCAGGUUUUGCAAGGAUAUCCUCAGGGUCAUCACUGUCAUUGCGAUUGCCAGACGAUGCGGCAUACCGACGUCUGGGCUGGCACCGCCGGCGGAUUCACGUACGCUGCUCGGCGAAUACGAGCGUGUCUUCGAAGACCGAUGGCGCUCACGUACCCAUCCCGAACCGGAGCUCUACUCGCCUCUUUACGACGGAAGGCAAGACCUCAGUGAAGACCCGUUCCCAUUCGUGGAUGGAGAACAUCUUCGGCUUCUCCUGCAGAUGACUCAGUCGAUGAUCAAAACAUGGAUGCGGCUCAAUGCAUCGCCUGCAGCCCAACAAGCGCCGCCAAACAGCCUCCUAUUGAACUCGCUGCACCAGCGCAUAUUCAAUAUGCCAUCCUCGGUGGUGCCCGACCUGCCAUCCUCAAAUGACCAUGUCUACGAAGCAUGCAGACUGACCUCACUGCUCCUCAUUCGAGCGGUGGAAAACCAUCGACACUGGCGCUCCGAAGCCGUCGGCACAUCAAUCCUGCGGGAGAUCCGAGCCGCUCUCCACAAAACAGAUCUAGAUGGGUUCUGGGGAAAGAAUAUCGGGCUGCUCUACUUUGUUGUACUGGUGUUCCACAGCGCAGCUUUUGGCACACCCGACUACCUCUUUGGACACGCUCUCCAAGGAAGAAUCCACUUUGAGUUGACGUAUUCGUACAACGAUUGGCAUGGCGCUUUGCUCCCGAUGGCGGUGCUCAACAACCUAGCACUGGACACGAAGCCAUCGCCGUCGGAAGGGCCUGAGGCACUUGAACUGACGGCAGGGUACAGCACUAUUCUAUCUGACAUGCAGACACCGGUAGGAUCCAGUUUUCCAUUACCGCUGCAAGACAUCGAGACCCAUGGAUGA